AUGGCGUGUGAACCGCCAGUCUAUAAUGGGGAGGUAGACCCAAUAGUAUGCCAACGAUGGCUAAGUGAUAUCGAGGGGGUAUUUGAGAGAACCCAUUGUGAUGAAGAUGACUACAUAGCCUGUGGUACGGGUCAGUUAAGAGGUCAAGCGAAAGAUUGGUGGGAUAACAAGAAGAAAGAAAUUGGAAGUGAAGCGGCUAAGGCUAUGACGUGGGAUGAAUUUAAGACACCGUUUCUUAAACAUCAUACUCCUAAGGCGGUUGUUAACAGAAUCAAAGAAGAAUUCAUGCAGCUUAGACAUAAGGGUGAGUCCAUUCACAAAAUCACGGGAACGUUCAUGGAUAAAAUGGAGUUUUGUAAUGAACUGAUAACAAACGAAGAACAGAAGAUAUAUUAUUAUUACAAUAUGUUGAGCACCGAGUAUAGGGAAUUUAUGACUCCUUCAAAAUACGAGACCCUUACCGAGAUCAUAAAUGUUGCUCGGGAACGGGAGAUUGAAUUGAAAAAGCAGGUUGAACGGGUCGAACGAAGGGCUCAUGAUGUUAAUCCAAGCCCUACCAAGAAAAUGCGAACGAAGGUAACGGGGAAGAAAUCAGAUGCAAAAGGCGGGUCGCCAAAUUGCAAAAUAUGUGGAAAGGGUCAUAGGGGCGAAUGUCGCUUCAAGGAUAAACCUUGCCCCAUAUGUCGGAAAACUCUACGGGACAUAUGGCUUCAUCAUGCGCAGAAAAAGUGA